CAGACAGAAAACAGGGAAAGGGAAAUCAGCGAGGGUAUAUAGAGGCAGAGAGUGAUAAAGUGAGGGUCACGCAGGUUUAAAGAGGGACGGCACACAUUUCUGAGACGUCUGGUUCAGGAUGGACACCAUGAUGCUGCAGGAGAAACUGGUGGAGAAACUUCUGUGUCCCCGAACCAGAACCACCAGACAGAAGGACAAGCAGUAUGUUGGCUUCGCUACGCUUCCUAAUCAGGUCCACAGGAAGUCGGUGAAGAAGGGCUUUGACUUCACUCUGAUGGUGGCAGGUGAAUCUGGAUUGGGAAAGUCUACUCUAGUAAACAGCCUCUUCCUCACAGAUCUCUAUAAAGACAGAAAAUUACUAAAUGCUGAAGAGCGUAUUAAUCAGACGGUAGAGAUCACCAAACACACAGUCGACAUCGAGGAGAAAGGAGUCAAACUCAAACUCACCAUUGUGGACACGCCAGGGUUUGGAGACGCAGUCAAUAACAAUGAAUGUUGGAGGCCCAUCACAGACUACAUCGACCAGCAGUUCGAGCAGUACUUCAGAGACGAGAGUGGACUGAACAGAAAGAACAUAUUAGACAACAGAGUGCACUGCUGCCUGUACUUCAUCCCGCCGUUUGGACACGGUUUGCGGCCGGUGGACGUGGAGUUCAUGAAGGCUCUGCAUGAGAAAGUGAACAUCAUUCCUCUGAUCUCUAAAGCGGACUGUCUCACUCCUAAUGAGGUCAAAAAGCUGAAGGACAGGGUGCGAGACGAGAUCGAGCGCUUCGGGAUUAAAGUGUAUCAGUUUCCCGAGUGUGACUCUGAUGAAGAAGAGGAGUUCAAACAGAUGGACAAAGAGCUGAAGGAGUGCACUCCGUUUGCUGUCAUUGGCAGUAAUACAGUGGUGGAAGCCAGAGGUCAAAGGGUCAGAGGUCGUCUUUACCCCUGGGGUAUCGUGGAAGUGGAGAAUCAGUCUCACUGUGACUUUGUGAAACUGAGGAACAUGCUGAUUCGCUCUCACAUGCACGACCUGAAAGACGUGACGUGCGACGUGCACUACGAAAACUACCGAGCCCACUGCAUCCAGGAGAUGACCAGUAAACUGGCGCAGGAUAACCGUACAGACAGUCCACUACCCCUCCUGCCUCUGCCCACACCAGACGUGGAGACGGAGAGACUCAUUAAGAUGAAGGAUGAAGAGCUGAAGAGAAUGCAGGAGAUGCUGGAAAAGAUGCAACAACAGAUGCAUGAGAAAGACCAGUGAUGCUGACACACACACACACA